ACGUGACUGUGCAACUGCACAAGCAUCUAUUUUCGUUGGAAGGGUGUGGUCUGCUUCUUCAAAACCGACAUUUGAAUGUAUGGAAGGUACAAAAAUAUUGUAUAGAUUCCUUUGUAGGGAAGCAGCUGGUUGCUGCAUCAGAAGAUUCUCAUACUGCUGGGGAAGCUGAACAGUGAGGGUCAUCCAUCAGGUUUUAUCAUCUGCCUCACAGACAACUCUGGAUGCAGAAGCUCCAGAAUAAGACAAAAGAAGAGUGGGCAAUGAGAACAUUUUUUUUAAUAAAAAUGUGUGUUCAAAGGACAGUAUGAAGAUGAAAGGGUUUUGCAUCUUUUUGCUAAAUCUGUCAUUGGUCUUCAGUGACCAAGCCAUUAAUGAAAGCGUUCCGAUGGAGAGCUUGAGGUGCCACAAUGACUACAGCUCACUCGUGACGUGCACAUGGAAGGAACAAUCCGAGGCUCAUGCCCUCCUUGGUUUGACUCUGUACCAAAGGAAUGUUAUUAAAAAUGACAGUGAGGAAAUGCAUUGUCAAAAGCAGCUGGAAGAAGACUUACCUGAGGCUUCAGACCCCUACAGCCAUUGGAUUUGUUGGAAAACAGUAGAAUAUUUUGGAAUUGGAGUGGAAGACUAUUACAGCUUCAAACCCAAGCAGAAUCUUGAAGCACAACUACAAGUUCAUCUUUUCCAAAAUGUUCAGCCCCUUCCCCCUCAGAACCUCUCAGUGCGAGAAAGUUCAGGGGACUUCUUGCUGACCUGGACAGCACCUGAUGGAAGCCAAGGGCUGGGCAGUGCAUUGGAGUAUGAAGUUGCUUACAAGCGGGACUGGGAGUCCUGGGAGAAGGCUGCUUCACGCCUGCUCUCCAACAUCACUCAUUGCCAUCUCAGCCACCUCAUCCCAGGGAGCAGAUACAUCGCCCGUGUGCGAGCCAGACCGGAGCAGGGCAAAGGUUUCUCCGGGCAAUACAGCGAGUGGAGCACAGAUGUGUCCUGGGAGACCCCCGAAGGUGACAUUCAUCCCAGGAACCUUCGUUGCCUCUUCAAUGGUGCGUAUCUGAAGUGCAGCUGGGAAGUGAAGGAAGUGAUUGCCAGCUCUGUCAUCUUUGGCUUGUUCUUCAGGGCCACUCCAGCAUCAGCGGAAGAGGAGUGCUCUCCUGUGUAUGAGAAGGCUUUGCCCCAUGUCCCAUACGUGGUGCAGAGCUGUGGAAUCCCUGUUAGCAACAUCAACAGUCAGAGCCAGUACCAAGUGUCUGUGCGGACCAAGACGGAGGCGAAACUGAUAGAAGCCUACAAGAACAUUAAGGUGCUGCCACCUGCAAAUGUGUCUGUGGAACUGAUGAGAAACCAGGAGUAUAAACUGAGGUGGAAAAAACACACUUUACCGUAUGAUUCCAUAAAACUGCAGUACGAAGUCCAGUUCUGGAAGCACAACCAAUAUGACAAAACCUUGAAGACCAUAAAAAUUACCAAUGAUGAACCUCCCUUCAUCUUCACUGAUCAGAUGUUGUCAGCGUCUACCACAUACAGGGGAAGAAUGCGUGCAAUGGUGAAUAAUCAGGAUUAUCGGGGCUACUGGAGUGAAUGGAGUGAGGAGUUCACCUGGGAAACUGAGAAUGUUCUUUCACCAGUGGUUCUCCCAUUGAUGCUGCCAGUUCUCAUCAUCACUUUGCUCGCUGUUGCUUAUUGCAGCUUUAAGUAUUUACUCAGGCAGAAGAAGCUGUGGGAGGAAAAGAUUCCAAACCCGAGCAAGAGUCUGCUGAUCCAGAGCUACUUGAAGAAAGUUGCCCUAGGAAACAGGCAUGCAAGCAGCCAGCUGGACUUCAACAAAUGCAGCCUUGUGGAGAACAUGGAUCAGCCUAGCUUCCUUCAAGCUGUGGACAGGCCGACGAAGAUUUUGGCGGAGUCCCCUGAAGUGCAGACUGAAAGGACAGAGGUUUCUUCUCCUGCAUUGGACCUACAGAACCCAUACCAUGCUUUAAAUGCCCCGGUUGUCUGCCCAAGGACAAACUGUGCUGACACAAGUAUAACUUCCCAGACAGCAAUCACUUGCUUUGCUUUCAACGGCCCAUACUUGUACAGCCCAGCGAGGUCUUCUCAGCCUGAGAUGCAUCAGACCCUGGAGGUGAGCUUGAAUCCAAUGGGAAAACAGGAGAAAGCAGCGUCCCUGCAGUACGUGACCCUUCCAGACAAAGCCAGCCCCCAGGCUGCACAGAGGCAGGAGCAGCCGGGAGCAGGUCCUCUGCAGCCCUUCCUGCUCCCAGAGCAGAAGGAAGCGAUGCAGUACCUCAACAAGAAGGAAGUUUCACCACUUCCCUCCACCUGUGGGAAAAGCACAGACGUGAGAACAGAAGAGCAGAAAUGUCCAGAGGCUCCUGGCUGUCCGGCAUUCCUUCAGCAGUGUCCCUUGGAGUACAUCACCACAGACAGCCUGUCACUGCCAUCAGCCAGCGGCACCACACACCUGCCACUUGCCCCUGCUGGGGGGAAACCCUGUGAUACACAGGAGCCC